UCCCGCUCGCGGCGGUUGGUGCUCAGUCCGCGGGCGGCACGAUCCGGUCAUGGCAGCGGCGGUGCUGAGCGGGAAAGAGCUCGCAGCCCAAGUCAGAGAACGGUUGAAGAAUGAAGUGAUUCAGAUGAAGGAACAGGCUCCAGGCUUUCGGCCUGGGCUGGCAAUUCUGCAGGUUGGGGAUCGAGAGGAUUCAAACCUGUACAUCAGUAUGAAGCUGAAGGCUGCAGCUGAGAUUGGGAUGAAUGCCAACCAUGUGAAACUGCCAAAAACGGCCACUGAGGAUGAGGUGCUGAGGAACAUCACGCACAUUAAUGAGGAUCCCAAUGUCCAUGGUUUGAUUGUUCAGCUGCCGUUGGAUUCCAUCAACCCAAUUGAUGUUGAGAAAGUAACGAAUGCAGUUGCCCCUGAGAAGGAUGUUGAUGGAUUAACCAGCAUUAAUGCAGGGAAACUGGCUCGUGGAGACCUGGGUGACUGCUUCAUCCCCUGUACUCCCAAUGGCUGUCUGGAGCUAAUUAAACACACAGGAGUGAAGCUGGCUGGCUCUCGAGCUGUCGUUAUUGGAAGGAGCAAGAUAGUUGGAGCCCCCAUGCGGGACCUCCUGGUCUCAAACCACGCCACUGUAACCACCUGCCAUUCGAAGACGGCUGACCUGCCGGGGGAGAUUGGGAGAGCUGACAUUUUGGUGGUCGGAGCUGGCAAAGCUGAGAUGGUGAAAGGAAACUGGAUCAAACCGGGUGCUGUCGUCAUCGAUUGUGGCAUCAACUACAUUCCCGACAGCACCAAGCCGAGUGGGAAGCGUGUGGUUGGUGAUGUGGCUUACAAUGAAGCCAAAGAAGUGGCUUCGUUCAUCACCCCGGUGCCUGGUGGAGUGGGGCCGAUGACUGUCUGUAUGCUAAUGGCAAACACUGUCGAGGGGGCAAAACGCUAUUUGAAGAACUGCAAGCCAGGAAAGUGGCCUAUCCAAUACACAAAGCUUAAACUUGUGGAGCCGGUGCCCAGUGACAUUGUGAUUUCACGGUCUUGCACACCGAAGCACAUCAGCCGCAUGGCCAAGGAAGUUGGUUUGUUAUCCGAUGAAGUGGAGCUGUACGGCAAAUCGAAGGCAAAGGUGCUACUGACCACAAUCAACCGGCUGAAGGACCAACCAGACGGGAAAUACGUUGUUGUCACAGGCAUCACCCCCACCCCCCUGGGUGAAGGGAAGAGCACCACCACGAUCGGCCUGGCUCAGGCCAUUGGAGCUCACCUGGACAUCAAUGUUUUCGCUUGUGUUCGGCAGCCUUCGCAAGGCCCCACCUUUGGGAUCAAAGGUGGAGCAGCAGGUGGUGGAUAUUCCCAGGUUAUCCCAAUGGAAGAGUUCAAUCUCCACCUGACGGGCGAUAUCCAUGCCAUCACUGCUGCCAACAACCUGGUCGCUGCUGCUAUCGACGCUCGCAUGUUCCACGAGGCCACGCAAUCUGACAAGGCACUGUACGACCGUCUGGUACCUUCCAAUAAAGGAGUUCGGGCGUUCAGCCAGAUUCAGCUCAGAAGAUUGCAGAAACUUGGAAUUACCAAAACUGAGCCCACUGCACUGACUGAAGAAGAAAUGCAUCGCUUUGUGAGGCUGGAUAUUGAACCUGAUACGAUCACGUGGCAGCGAGUGAUGGAUACAAACGACAGGUUCCUGAGGAAGAUAACGAUCGGCCAGUCCAGUACCGAGAAGGGAUAUACCAGAACAGCACAGUUCGACAUCACAGUGGCAAGUGAGAUAAUGGCGGUGCUGGCCCUGACUGACAGUUUGAAGGACAUGAGGGCACGGCUGGGGAAGAUGGUGGUCGCUUCCAAUAAGAAAGGAGAGCCAGUCACCACCGAUGAUUUGGGUAUCAGUGGAGCUCUGGCUGUUCUGAUGAAGGAUGCCAUUAAACCCAAUCUCAUGCAGACCUUGGAGGGGACCCCAGUGUUUGUUCAUGCUGGACCCUUUGCCAACAUCGCUCACGGCAACUCCUCCAUCCUGGCUGACAAAAUAGCUCUCAAACUGGUUGGACCUGCUGGUUUUGUAGUGACGGAGGCUGGAUUCGGUGCGGACAUUGGGAUGGAGAAGUUCUUCAACAUUAAGUGCAGGUCCUCUGGACUGUGUCCCCAUGUGGUUGUGCUGGUUGCCACAGUGAGGGCUCUGAAAAUGCAUGGAGGUGGCCCCACGGUAACAGCAGGUGUUCCCCUACCAAAGGAAUACAUCGAAGAGAACCUGGAUUUGUUGGAGAAGGGCUGCAGUAAUCUCCGCAAACAGAUCGAGAACGCAAACCUGUUUGGAGUUUCGGUGGUGGUUGCAGUCAACGCCUUCAAAACAGACACCGAGGCUGAGCUUGAGCUGGUUUGCAGCUUGGCCAAGGAGAUGGGUGCGUUUGAUGCUGUGAAAUGUACUCACUGGGCCGAAGGUGGGCGAGGGGCUGUCGAGCUGGCCCGGGCUGUACAGAGAGCUUCUGAACAGGACAGCAACUUCAAAUACCUGUACCCUCUGGAGCUCCCCAUUGUUGACAAAAUCCGAACCAUUGCCCAGAAAAUUUACGGUGCUGCUGAUGUGGAGCUGAGCCCUGAGGCCCAGAACAAAGUGGAGCUUUACACCAAACAGGGAUUUGCUGACCUGCCCAUCUGCAUGGCCAAGACUCAUCUGUCCUUAUCCCACAUGCCAGAGAAGAAGGGAGCACCCACGGGAUUUGUUCUGCCAAUCCGGGACAUCCGGGCCAGUGUUGGUGCAGGGUUCCUGUACCCACUAGUGGGCACGAUGAGCACCAUGCCAGGAUUGCCAACCAGACCCUGCUUUUAUGACAUUGACUUGAACCCAGAAACAGAAGAAGUGAACGGACUCUUCUAACCACUGAAUGACAGUAUAAAAGGUUGAAAUUCUCCAAAGGUGAAGGGAGCUACUGCAAGACUGGAAGCCAGGUGGUUUGUUCGACUGAGAUCCUAUGUGUGGUUAGAGCCACAUAGCAAUGCUGAUUCUGCCUUACCAUAUUGUGCCUGAUUGAUGGUAUGCAAGUACAGUCAAUAACAGAAAUUAUAAAGCACACACUGACAAUCAAAAAUUCAUAUUGCUGUCACAACUUCUCAAAGUCUAAAUAAAUAAUGGGUGUGACAGCUUUCCCCUAGAUCAUGUUGGCUUCAGUGUUUACACACACACACUCUCUGUCUCUGUCUCUGUGUCUCUCUCUCUCUCUCUCUCUCUCUCUCUCUCUCUUUCUCUUUCUCUCUCUCUCUUCCUCCAACGUUUACAUGUGAUGCCUUUUUAGUUUAAAAAAUGAUGAACAUUAAAGGAACUGGAUUGCUGCGCUUUUCCAGCAACACAUUUUCAGCUCUGAUCUCCAGCAUCUGCAGUCCUCACUUUCUCCUCCAUUCUGACACCCCACAUCAGGUCGGAGAGCUCCUGUCAGAUUUUCCAUGCCUCUCAAACGUUGCUGUUGUAUCUGCUGCUACCAACUCCUGUGACAGCACAUUCCAGGCACUGAGCACUCUCUCUGUAAAGAAACCUGUCUCUCACAUCCCCUUUAAACUUCCCCAUUUUACCAGAAACCUAUGUCUCCUAGUGAUUGACAUUUCCAUCCUGGGAAAGAGACACCUAUCUAUGCCUCUCAUCAUUUAAAUUUUAAACUUUAAAUUUCUGAUAUUUAGCAUCCAUCAUCUCAUUGUUAUUACUGAUGGAUUAAAUUAGAUUUUUAAAAAAAGAUAAAUAUUGACCGAGAAGGGCUGCGGUGACCACCCGACCUCAGAUUGAGGGAACUCUGGGAGACCCAAUUGGAAUAAAGGAAACCAGCUCCCACUGAAAUUACCAUUUUAUCUGCAUCAGCGUCAAGAAAUGUGCACACCUGUUUACUUCACUUCCCUGCUCUCUCCUCAUCACGGAAAACUAGUUGAGAAAAUAACCAUUGACCAAUAAAUCAGACAAACAUCGCUACUGCUGAGGAUACCAGUCAAUAAUAAACUGUGGUCCCCAGGUUAAAAAGCUAAUUCCUCAAGGUCUCCAACUUCUUUAUUCUUCCUGUCUGUACCAGACAAUCCCUGCCUUCUAAACUUGUUGCCUGUGUUUGUGUGUGUGUGUGUUUAAUAAACAAUGCAUGAGUAAUAAAACUCUUUCUUAUA